AUGAUGGAAGAGGUAAACGACGUGUCUUCAGUUCUGACGGUCCACGGGGACUCCAUCAAAGUUACAGAGGCGCUGCAAGACGGGGACGCUCUUACCUUUAUCAUUGUUUCUCAAAAGCUGUCUGGGACAGGAGAGUACCAUGUGGACCGGACCUAUGACGACUUCGAAUGGCUGCAGCAGCACCUGUUCACUCAGGACGAUGUACCUGGGAUACAGGGAGUCAUAUUUCCCCCUCUUCCCACGAGGCCUCACGUGAAUGCGUCUGCCAAGGUCAUGAAACAGCUGGGAUUCCUGGCUUUGGGCGAGUGGCAGCCGUACUGCAGGGCGCUGGAGACUUUCCUGAGGCAGGUUUCGAAUCACAGCGUCCUCAGCACAAACCAAGCUGUGGAGGUCUUCCUGACGAGUUCAGAUCCUCCAGGCAGACAGAAGAUCAAGAAAACCAUUUUCAAUCGACUGAGCCAAGCUGUGGAGGAGAAGAGAAAGGAGGGCCACAAGGAUGUGGAUGAGUUCUUUCAAACUGAACGGGACCUGAACCUUCUGUUGACCGGAUCCACCAGGGCUGCAGCUGAGAAAUUUCUCGACGUGGUGCUAGCUGAACAAAAAAUCUCCACGGCGUGCGGGCACUUCUCAGCUGCGCUUCAUCUCUGUGUGGAACAGGGAGAAGAUCCUGAAAAAAAGGCUUUUACCAGGGUUUGUGCUCAGCUGUCAGAAGUAUUUGAUUCUAUGAAGAAGAGCACGAGGAGUUUCGCUGUGAACGACAUGAACACUCUUGGCCUCGGCCUGGACCUGCACUCGCGCUACCAAGAGGCAGAAAAAGAAAUGCUCUUCAGGAGGACCUGUAAAAUGGUGGAACUGGAGAAUGCCAGAAAGAAUGUGGAGAAGGCCAAACCUGUUAAGAAAGCUGCUAUGGAGGAGGUGAAGAAAGCAGCAGAGGCAGAGUUUCAGCAGAUUUGUCAAGUUGCAAAACAAGAGAUUGUGCAGUUUGAGCAGACACGUGUGGACAUGAUGCAGAAGAGCCUGGUUCAGUGGUGUGAAAAGCAGCUCGUUACAGCCAAAGAAAGUGCAGACAUUUUCAGCCACCACCUGCAAGCCUUUAAAGCCAUGGUUUAGUGACCUCCGUAGAACUCAACGUACACUUAAAAGUGUCCUCAGUACCUCCAAAC